GAUACCUCGAAAUCCUCUUGACAAAGGCCGACUACAUACGGAAACUCAGCACCAAAACCGGUUUUGAAGCCUUGCCGAAGUUCGUGAGCAAGAAUACUACGGAUAGUGACCUAGGUAUAUCACGUAUAUACACAUCUUCCUCCAAGAGCUCAAGAGCCUCGAUACUUUUCAUUCAACUCGCGAUCCUUUUCUACGUCAUAAAUCGUAUCUCACAUCUCAGUGGACUUGACGUCGUCUAUAAAACAAUAUCUGCUCUACAGCAGUAAUCCCACGAUGUCCGACGACGCAGGAUUUUUCAAAAAGACCUCCGAGGCUGCCGCUAAUGCCGGAGCCUCGUUUGCGGGCGCCAUAUCAGGCGGUCUCAGCCUAGGCGCGAACGCCAGCCAGAAGAAAACGACUACCACGAGGACGACAGUGCCAGCGAAUUCAUCAGGUCAGCAGCCACACAUCAUGAAUGGCGCUGGACAGCCGGCGCAGGGGCGGAUCACGAGCGAGAGUGUCGGCGAGCGGAAGAAGCUCACCCAGAAGGAGGCCGACGCCCUGUAUUCUGAGAGAAUGGAGGACGAGUAUGCCAAACGUGAAGGCGGGGCCUGAAAUGUAUUCGACUCGUUAAUUGCCCAUGCUGUCGUUGAAUAGGAAAGGAGCUGUUUGGAGUGUUGGAAGUGAGAUAGUACUGCUGAAUGCUGGAGUCACGAAGAGCUGCACGAAAGCCGCUUUGAGGACCUGAUCUCUUUCACAGGUUGCCCGGAGAUAUUGACAUGAUGGAUGCCAUUGAGAUGGAAAUCUACGAUGGUAUGCCCAUGGCGAUUACUAGUAUCCAGGCGAUGAGAAUGAUAUGAACAUGUCCAUUUCACGCG